AAUUUUUAUUUUAAUGGUGGAUUUAUUAUGUUUAAAAGACUAAAGGAGAAAAUAGAGGAAGAGGGUAAUGCAGAUUUCUCUCCUCUCAAGGCCCCGCCAGGUAGUGUGAUACGGUCACAGCAGGAGGGGCCUGAGCCGGUAAAGAUUAGUGAGGAGUCUUCUAAGAGUCCUGAGAGAGAGACUGACCCUGCCCAGUUGAAUGAGACUGGUACUGUUGAAAAGAGUCUUGUUGAAUCUGAUAAUAAAACUGAAGAGUCUGAUGGCAAAGUAGAGGAAGUUGGAACAAAGCCUUCUUCAAAGAAAAACGACAGAGCUCAGUCCAUUUUGAGUCAGUUAACAAGUGAACUGGUCUCUCUAAGGAAACAAUACAACCAGCUGUUGAGUGCAAAGGAAAAGAACGAGAAAGAGCUAAAUGAUAAAAUAGAAUCACUGGAGAAAUCCCUGUCAGAGAAGAUGAUUGAAUGCCGUAAGAUGGAGAAAAAGAAUAAAGAAUUGACAUGGAGUGCUGACAGCUUGACGUCAAGACUUCAGAUUUAUGGAGAUUAUGAGAAAGAAGACGUAAUACAAAAACUACAAGAACAAGUAAAUGAUCUUGAGUCAAGAUUGCGUCAAAGAGAUUUCGAUAUCGAGAUCUACGAAACUCGGAUGGCGGCUCAAUCCAAGCAAAGACAUGAAGAUCAAAUGUCAUUCAAGAAGAAAACACAAAUAUUACAAGAUUCAGUCUCGUCACUACAGUCAUCGCUAGGUGAGAAAGACUCUCGACUCUCUCACCUCAACACCGAGGUACUCAAGAUUAGAAGCUCACUGGCUGACGUUGAGAAACGGAGACAGCAACUGGAUGAACUGAUUGAAGAGCAAAAGAAUAAUUUAACGGAUAAAGACCAACAGCUGGAAGAUCAAGAGAGCUCUCAUUCAGCGACUAUAGAUAAACUAAGGCUGGAUCAUAAGAAAGAAAUUGAUGAGCUUCGGGAGCAAAUGAAGCAACUUAAGAAAGAACUAAAAGAGAAAGAGGAGAAACUGGAUAGACUAGUCACAGAAUUGCCCGACCAGCCGGUAGUAAACACGGUCCUGGAUGGCUACUCAAAGUCUCGGAUGGCCUCUUCAUUUACAAAUUCCCUCCGGAGCACCCCAGGGGGCGUCUACAGGAAAGAGGUGGAGCCUCUUCCUCGUCCAGUCCCACGGGAUCCAUCGGACCCGGCUUUGUUACCAGUAGAGAAUAGACUGGACGAUGAUGAUGACGAUUAUGAUGAGAGGUUUAACCCUCAGUAUGAGGUUCAGUUGCUAGAGCUGAAGAGAUACAGCGAAACUUUAGAGGAAGAAAUAGAAGAAAAAAGCAAAGCUAUAAAAGUACAGCAACAAAAGAUUAAUGACUUGAGAAAAGCUUUGAUGAGCAAAGAAACAAAGCAGCCUGACCCUCCUCCUCCUCCUCCUGUUCCUCCUCUUUCUCUUCCUGUUACAACAGAGAUCCCUCUCUCUCCAUUAGAUGCUAAAAAAUUUGAUGCCACAGACAUCAACUUCCAAUACCUCAAAAAUGUUGUCAUAAGAUUUAUAUGCACAAAAGAAGAUGAGGCACUUCAAUUAGUAAAGGCUAUAUCAACACUGCUAGAGCUUAAUAGUGCAGAGGAGAAAUAUAUUAGAGAUUAUUUGCAAUAUAAAUUGUCAUGGUUCGGUUCGAUGCCUUUGCCUCCAAACAUAUCAGCUGUGAAAUCAAAAUGAUACUCGAUGAAUUAUUAUUAUUAUUAUUAUUAUUAUUAUUAUUAUUAUUAUUAUUAUUAUUAUUAUUAUUAUUAUUAUUAUUAUUAUUAUUAAUAUUUUGUAAAUUUUGAGACUUCAAAUGAAUGAUGAAUAGUAAUAAUGC